AUGGCCGUGGGGAACCACAGCACCAUCACCGAGUUCAUUCUCUUUGGUCUGUCAGCGGAUCCCAAGAUCCAAGCCCUGCUCUUCGUGUUCUUCCUGGGGGUUUACCUACAAACUCUCAUAGGGAACCUGUUGAUGUUACUGGUUAUAAGGGUGGAUUCUCACCUCCACACGCCCAUGUACUUCUUGCUGAGUCAGCUCUCUUUCCUGGAUCUCUUCUUCUCGUCUGUCACAGUGCCCAAGCUACUGAAGAAUCUGCUGUCUCAAUUAAAAACAAUCUCUAUGGGGUGUUGCCUGGCUCAAGCUUUUUUUUUGUAUGAGACUGGAGGGACUGAAGCCUGCCUGCUUGCAGUGAUGGCCUAUGACCGCUUUGUUGCCAUCUGCCACCCUCUGCUCUAUGGGCAGAUAAUGAACAACCAACUCUGUAAGGAGCUGGUGUGGGGAUCUUGGAGCCUAGGCUUUCUGGAUGCAUUCAUCAACAUUCUUCUAGCUAUGGACUUGGUCUUCUGUGGGGACAAGGUCAUCCCCCACUACAACUGUGAGUUGCCCUCACUCUUCUCGCUGUCCUGCUCUGAUGUCUCCAUCAACGUUAGUGUUAUGCUCUGCUCUGUCCUCCUGCAUGGGCUUGGAACCUGUGUUCUAAUCAUUUUCUCCUACACCCUCAUUGUCUCCACCAUCAUGAGCAUCGGCUCCUCCACAGGUAGAAGGAAGGCCUUCUCUACCUGUUCCUCUCACCUCGCUGCGGUACUCCUAUUUUACGGCUCUGCUUUUCUUCGCUAUGCCAUACCAAACUCAGAUUCGCCCUUGGAGUUGAUCUUCUCAGUGCAGUACAGCGUGAUAACUCCCCUGGUGAAUCCCCUCAUCUACAGCCUGAAGAACAAUGAGGUGAAAGCAGCUGUCAGAAGGACCCUGAGAAAGUAUCUUCAGUAUCUCAGGUAG